GUGUGACCCACCCUCUGGCCCCGGGACAAAAGGUCGGCGCCAGCAACAGCGGACCAGCUGUGCCGCGGCGCACCCAAGGCUACUUAAGUGUGUCCACGCCCCGGGUUCUCUCAGUCUCACUUGUGGCGAGUGACGGUGUGGUGCUGACGGCGGGUGGUGGAAAGGACAUCGUCCACCCCGGCGAGAGUGUGAUUGUGUGGACUUGUCUGUGUGGUGUCAAGCGCGACCUCAAGCUGACCUGGUGAAAAAGUCUCCAGGGAAGACCCUCGGUGGAUCAGGUCGUGACCAGGAUUGCCACAACACCUGCUUCACCCUCCCGAGUCCCCCUUCAGGUGCCCCGUCGGAGACCAGCUGCUCCGGUAGCAGGGCGAUCCACAGGUGGCUGACACCGGCGUCAGCAGCAACGACGUAGCGGAGACAUCCCGCACGCACACACUUACGUACGCGAUUGUGCCUCGCGAACAUGGACGCGGUGAGCAAGGACAGCGGUUUCGCGGCGCUCGACCACGAUGACAACGAGGACGUGGUGGUCAAGACCGCCAUCAACGGCGAGGCUCCACCGGCGGCGAAGACCGCGGCAGCCGACGUGCCGCCAGCGGCAGCCGCCAAACCUCUAAACGGCGCCGCAGGCGUGUCGGCGCCGUCCACCAAGCCGGAGCAGAAUGGCAAGCCGGUAGACGGUCUGGCGGAUAAGCAGGGCGUGAGCGAGCCAGGCAAACCAGGUGAGGUCACAGGCCCAGUGGCCAGCAGGUGGAGGAGCAGGAGCCGCGAACGGGGCGCACGAGGGCCAGGCACAAGCCGCCAAGCAGGAGACGAAGCCGGACGAAAAGGACAAACCCCAGGAAAAGAAACCCGAGCCAGGAAAGCCCAGCGAAGAGAAGGAAGCUAAGCCAGAGUCAAAGCCAGUCGAAAAGCCAGAGUCCGC